GGAAAUUACUACUGAAACUUUCGGCUCUGAUCUUAGUACACAUUCACGAAACUGCUUACAAAUGACUUCAUAACACUUUAAACGACUCAGUUAUCGGGAUGUCAAAACUUCGUUCCGUGUUCUCCUCACUGCUGGGUAACGGGUCGGAGGAGCCUCCCCACCCCAGGGAGAGCCGUGACAACAGGGCGUCUCAGGCGUCGUUACCAGAGAAGUACGUGUACACCAGGCCGAGUUUCUUACAGCUGCCCACCGACAAUAUCGUCGAUCACAACAUGCGACCUAUCUUCGUGUCCAGCGGCAGUCUUCCCUUUAACGCCGGGUACGCAGAGUGUAUAAACGGUGGCAAGUCCAAGGUGAACGAGGACCAGGCGGCAGUGGGCAGUUUUCACCUGUGUAUUGGAGACAACACGAGCCAGGCACAGCGAAUACCCGUGUCGUACUAUGGAGUGUUUGACGGUCAUGGAGGUCCAGGGGCGGCUAUGAUGGCGGCGGAAGUUCUCAUUGUCCACAUACAGGAAAAACUGACUGAUAUCAUCAACGACUUGCACCGAAUCCUGAAGGGUGAUCGGGACGAGACGUAUUUCCAAGAGGUGACCGUCGACGACUUGGUGUUCGGAGCCCUGGAGGCCGCCUUCUGUUCACUGGACGAACAAAUACUGACAGAACUUUCCACAUUUAAUAUUUCCGGGGGAUGUGCUGCCCUGGUCGUCCUUGUUCUGCUGGAAAAGGUUUUUGUGGCCAGUACAGGUGACUGCAGGGCGGUGAUAUGCCUGGGUGAUGAGCUGAAGCAACUUAGCAAAGAAUCCACGCCUUGGAAUGAACUUCACAGACUUCAACUAGUGGCGAAUUCUGACAUGUAUUCCAGCAUUUUCCAGAAGGAUGUGACGGACACGAUCUUCAUACGCAGGGUACUGCACAGAGACGUGGGCAAGAAAAUUUUGUGCAAAGAACCAACUAAAUCUCACUGGGCAUACAAAGUGGUCACCGAAGAAGAUGUGUUGUUUCCUUUUAUUUAUGGCAAAGGUAAACUUUGUCGUUUGAUGGAAACAAUAGGAGUAUCAAGAUCUAUCGGAGAUCAUAAUUUAACGACCACGUUUUCCAGAGAUUACAAACUGAAACCAUUCUUAAUUCCUAACCCAGAGGUGGAUGUUUUCAACUUACAAAAAACAUCAGCUACCAGAGAUGAUUUUAUUAUUGUUGGAUGUGAUGGCUUGUGGGAUGUUCUGUCUAACGAGAAAGCUCGUGACAUAGCCAGGAACAUCAUAAGCAAUUCUUCAGACGAAAACAGAUACACUGAAGCCGCACAGAUGCUUAUCCAUCAAGCAAGAGGAAAUAACUCUGGAAGUGGCUGGAAACUGGAGAACGGACAGCCAGGGUCGUUUGACGACAUAUCCGUGUUUGUGAUCCCACUGGAGCCCAUGACUCACUGCACACAUACUCCUGUCGAGAAGUGAGCAGCAAACAAUUCAGGGCUUUCAUCACAUAAUAAUCAAUGACAUUCAUACGCAACUGCCACAAGAUAUAAGUUACUUCACCCAUUUUCAACCAAGGGGAACGUGGAAAAUGUGAAGUCACUAAACAGUUAAAUGUGAAGUCACAAAACAGUUAAAUGUGAAGUCACAAAACAGUUAAAUGUGAAGUCACUAAACAGUUAAAUGUGAAGUCACUAAACAGUUAAAUGUGAAGUCACUAACAGUUAGAUGUGAAGUCACUAAAUAUUGACACAUACCAGCUAACAGGUUUUGGUUUUGACAGUGCCUAGAGAAGACAACCAAACAUCACCUGGAUGUACAAAAUGUAAGGGCUGUUCUCAAACCGAUCAUACUGGGGGGGGGGGGGGGGGGGG